CGCUGCGGGCGUGCCAAAUUUGUAAUUCACUUGUACUGCAGCUUGUUUAAUGAUGUAAUUAAUGAACAUAUCACUUUUAAUUGUUCAAUCGCUACAUGAGGAUUUCACCGUUAAGUAUGGCGACUUCGGGUACAGAGACUGAAGCUAGCUAAAGCUGCCUGCUAUGGUAAAUCCUAGUACCAUUAUGCAGUCACAUGGGGACAGUGGAUUGGAUCUGGAGGCCCAGCUGGCACGAAAAGAGAGGGAGUGGAAGGAGCUCCAGGCUGUAAGAGUUAAUCAGCUGGAGAAGGCCUUCAUAAAAGCCCAGGAGGAAUGUUCCACCCUCCGAGAACAUUACCAGCAACUGAAGGAAGACUUCCAGUUCAACUUGGCCAUCCUAGAUGAACGAGACAGAGAGUUGGAGAAGUAUGACAUCAUAACUGCCAGAGCUCUGGCUGCAGAAGACAAAAGGCAGAGGGAGCUAAACCAGCUCCACGCACACAUCGCCACGCUGGAAGAGGAGUUAGCCAGAGAGGCUGAGGAGAGGCAGAGGGAGAAGCGGGAGAGUCAGCAUGCUGCUGAGCAGCAGAGUUUGCAGAUGCAGGAACUGAAGCGCUCCAUGGCUGGCGAAAUUCAAAAACAAACAGAGGAGUAUGAGAUGGUGAAAGUGGAUUUGCAGUGCAAAAUAAAAGAACUAGAGGGAGAGAUGACCUUGCAAAGACAGGAGCUGACAGCAACCUUUGACAGAGAGCUCAGGCAGCGGGAACAGGAGAUCAACUUGAAAAUGGAUGAGAUGUGUGCUCUGGUGAUGUCUCACAAUCUCAAGGUAAAGCUCCUAUCUACAGAGAAUGAAGUUCACUGCCAGGCGCAGGUGCAGGCCACAGAGGCUCUCAAAGCGUCUGAGGAGUUUUAUCAGCGGCUGCAAAGCCAGCUCAAACACAGAGACCGUGAAAUUAAAGACAUAACUGCUGUCAAAGACCACAGGAUAAAGGUGCUGAAGGACGAGGUGAAAAACCUGGAGACUAAACUGAAAGAGAUAAAGGAGGACUACAUGAAAAAAUAUGAGAGUUUGGUCCAAACUCUGAAGGAGUGUGAUGUACGACUCGAGGCUCAAUAUCAGGCCCACACAGAGAAGCUGCAGGAGGCUGAGAGACACAUUGCUAAACUAAAGGACAGAAUGAAAGUCCUGGCAGCACAGGUACGCUGCACGGAGAAAGAACAGCGAGAGGCCUUGGAACAGAAGGAUAAGACAAUCCAGAGGCUUUGCAUAGAGGUAGAAACAACACGGACUGGCUGGGAAAAGUAUAUGAGUAAUGUCUCCAGUGAGAUGGUUGCCAAGGAUAAUGAGAUGAUCGCCCUCCAGGACAGAGAAUCCAGAGUUAGGGCUGAGCUUGAGAGGAGCAGGGAGGACACAGAGAGGUACAAGCAGCAGCUGUGUGAUGGUUUGAAGAGAGAAAAUGCUUUGGAGCAGAAGAAAGUCCAGGUGGAGCUGGAGUGGCAGAAACACUGUGAAGACAUGAAGGCCAAAGUCUACCUCGCCAAUGAGAAGCUAAUACAAGAACUGACGCAAGCUCGAGAUCAGGCAAAAGCCGAGCUGAAGGAGAAAGAACAAGAGCUACAGGAAAUGACUGCCUUACUACGCUGUGUGAAAUCGGAGAGAGACCAGGCAAUUCAAGGUCUCACACCAACGUCGGACUCCCUGGCAUCAGAGCAGAUUUGUCGUAUGCGGGAGCAGAACAGCGUUCUACGGGCUGUGGUUGCUCAGAUGAGGAAAGACAUGGAGCAUCUCAGCCAUCCCACAAUGCUCUCCCGGGCCCAGCCACAGGCCUUGUUUCCUCAGCCAUUUCAGCAUCCACCUGUUGACACGUCCAUCACCUCUGCAGCUAAAUCCCAGAUGGCAACAGAACCACCUUCCGAACCCACUGACAUCACGUCCAAAGUCAGCCAUGCAGAGGGUCGUGCCGAAACCUCUUUAAUGAAGAAGCAGCAGAACAAAGUGGCACAUAUUGAGGCUGCUGUCACCAACACCAUGCAGAAGAAUGCACGGGUGCAACAGCUCCAAGAAGAAAACUUGUUCUUACGGCAGCAGCUAGCCUCAGGUUUGGCUGAAGAUGUCUCACACACUAAAGGCAACCAUCCUAUUUUACAUAAGAAGCUGAAGCAGGCGGCAUCUUGCAUUGCUCGUCUGAGCAGAGAGAAGCAGCAGCUGAUAGAGAUUGGCAAUCGCCUUCGUGCCGAGAUCACCACAGCUGGACUACAGGAACCCAUGGAGCCAGAGAAGGACACUGAGGAACAACAAGAGCAACUUGACCGGCUGUCUGCUCUGGAACAACUUCAGUACCAGCUCACCACACAGGAGCUGCAGUAUGCCUUGAGGCAGGCGGCUCGCACUGAUGCAAAACAGCUUUCCCCGAUAACCGAGAACCACGGUCCACCCAGAAACGGUACAGCCAACGCGAGCCACAGUCACAAAACCACAGACACAUCUGAGAGCUGCAAGAACAAAGAAAACUCUCCUCCGCCCAGCCAAUCACAGAGCUCACUGGAUGCAGGGCCUCAGCCCCGCUCAAACCUGUCUAAUGUACAGUUUUCUUCAGUGGAUUCACUGCAAUCGCUAAAGGAGCUGUGGGCAAAACUUGACCAUGUAAAGAGUCCAUCUACUUUCUCAGAAGGUAACAGUGAGCUCAGUGUGCGGGAAGUCGCCGAGCCUGGUGGUGCUGAAGUCCAGAUGGCGGUGCAUGGCAUAAGUGCCCCCAUUCAUAGGCAUUCCCAAACGGAGGUCCAGCAGAGGACGGACAGCGUUAAAACUCCAUCAAACACUACCAAGACCCGCAGACCUGGAGCGUCUGGCAAGAUCAGAAACUACAGUGUUAAAGACUGACACACACAAGCAGGGCAGUUUGUUAGUAUGCUGGUCAUGUCUUACUCAGCCUGACAACAGUUGUACAAAAUCUUCAAUGGCUCUGCUGAAGCCUUGCAAAGCCGGGCACCGUCGUAUUUAUCUCGGCAACAGUUUCCUAACAGAAAAGUGUACAUUGCAGAUUUGAGGCAUGCAGUCGAUGACGUUUCUUUACUUCGAGUUUUCUCGAUAACUAGACAAUCAUAGGAUUGCACAUGUUCAUUGUAGUUUUAGCUGGACUCAUACUGAGAGAUAAAGAUUAGGAUAAGACUUUGUCCCAGUAAUCUCUAAUCUGUCUCUACACCAGAUUCAUAAAAAUAAGUGAACUCAAAUGUGUGAAGAACUGUUUAUAUUUGACAUAUAGUCUCUGUAUUUUUGUAUCCAUUUUCUAUGUUUUAUUUUUUUGGUAAUGAACUUUUCACA